AUGUCAUAUCAACCAGCUAUCAUGAGUGCUUCCUUGGGGCGAGCUUGGCUCCAUGACCUUGAUCACAAAUUGGAGCAAGCCUCGAAAGUUGGUUUCAAAGGAAUAGAGAUAUUCUAUGAGGAUCUCGACUACUGUGCUCGCAGAAUCGCCGGAAAUGAUGAGCCUACAACUGAUCAGCUCCUUCAGGCAGCUGAACAAAUUCAGACAAAAUGCCACUCCCAGGGUCUUGAAAUCAUCGCCCUGCAGCCGUUCCUUUUUUACGAAGGCCUGAAAGACCGAGAACAGCAUGCACGAUUGAUCGAAAAAAUGGAAUUUUGGCUGCAAAUCGUCAAACGAUUGAAGACCAAAACGAUACAAAUUCCUGCCAACUUUCUUUCUGCGGACCAACUCACCGAUGACAUUGAUGUCAUAGUUGCCGACCUUCGACAACUCGCGGAUAUGGGCGCAGCUCAAACCCCUGUUGUCCGCUAUGCAUACGAGAAUUUGUGCUGGAGUACCGUCAACGAUACCUGGGAAAAAGCUUGGGACGUGGUUAAGCGGGUUGAUCGUCCAAAUUUUGGAAUCUGCUUGGACACCUUCAACAUUGCUGGAAAGGUCUGGGCGGACCCCGCAUCUGUGACUGGCAAGACAGUCAAUGCAGAGGUGGAACUGCAUGAGUCCAUUCGGAGAUUAGUUGCCGAAGUCGACGUGACCAAAGUCUUCUACCUUCAAGUUGUAGACGCGGAGCGAAUGGAGUCGCCGCUCGUGCCGGGCCACCCCUUCCAUGUCGAUGGUCAACCUUCGCGAAUGAACUGGUCGCGAAAUGCGCGGACUUUCAUGUAUGAGGAGGAUCGUGGGGCAUACAUGCCUGUGGAAAGCAUUGCCAAAGCGAUUGUGUUUGAAUUGGGAUACAAGGGAUGGAUCUCAAUGGAGUUGUUUUCCAGGACAAUGUCCGAUGAGGGGAAGAAUGUACCGGAUCUACAUGCGCAAAGGGGUAUCUCCGCUUGGAAGAAGCUGCAAGAGAGGCUAGAAUUGAAGUAA